CAUGCGACAGCGACCGAGGCGCGCGGCACAGCGCGGCGCGACCCGGCGGCGCAGCGGGAACCGUCUCCGACUGCGAUGAAUGUUCCUUGCCACAAUAGUAACAAUCAAACACAAUGAGCUCGCUAAAUUACCUGCAUUUUGAAUGAAUUUACGCUACAACUCCCUCAAUAGACAAUUAGACACGCAAGGAAAAGGAAAUUUACUAGGUUUCUUUCAUAUUCUACUUUUAUUGUAUCUGGUAUCGUAAGUAUUAAUAACAUUUGCUUUCAUAUUGCUAGUGAGACAAUUUUGCCUUCUUUGGAAAGAAGCGGAAAAAUCAAGUAAAGUGACAUGUGCAUUAUUUUAAACUGCUUAAUUGGGCAUAUUUUUUUAAUGCUUCCUUCCAUUUAUUUGCGUUGUAUAUUUUCGAUUUGGUGACUUUGAAGUAAACGAAAAAUUUAUGGAUUGUUAUAAUGUUAGCAGGUUAGCAACAAUUAUAUUACUAAAAUCGAUUCCCUUUUAUGGAAUUUUAAAUUAAGAAGUGAAAUUGAAAAUAUAGAGGUGUUAAUAAAACAUGAGCGGUGGCGUAAAGUCGUGUCGUGCCGGGCGUCAAGAUAGAGCGUUUAGAGCGUUUGUCGCUCAAUAAGGCUCCCAGUGAGGAUCUGAACGUAGUCGUUGCGAGCGGAAGGAGGCGGCCGGGCCGCGGUCGAUAGACGCUGGGGCGCAGGCGCGGGCCCUCGCUGCCGGAGGGGCUCGGAGAACACGUCAGUCCGCCGGCAGGCUGAUACGCGGCCGCCGGCAGCCAGCGUCCGCAAGGGCGCACGCGGACGCGCAAAACAUGCAUACGAGCCGUCCGCGCGGCGUGCACAGCCUCGCUCUCGUGCUGUCGCUCGCGAUCGCCUGGCUGCCCCAUGCCGACCACGCCGCUGGAGCGGGCGGAGGAGGGAUGUUUGGUGACGUCAAUAUCUCAGCCAUUUUGGAUUCGCUAAGUGUAAGCUACGACAAGCGAGUGAGGCCGAAUUAUGGAGGACCGCCAGUGGAUGUUGGGGUCACCAUGUACGUGCUCUCCAUCAGCUCCUUAUCUGAAGUGAAAAUGGAUUUCACCCUGGAUUUCUACUUCAGACAGUUUUGGACAGACCCCAGGCUUGCUUAUAAAAAACGAACGGGUGUGGAGACACUCUCUGUCGGCUCGGAAUUUAUUAGAAACAUAUGGGUACCCGACACCUUUUUUGUCAACGAGAAACAGUCUUAUUUCCACAUAGCUACUACAAGCAACGAAUUCAUUCGCAUUCAUCAUUCUGGAUCUAUUACUAGGAGUAUAAGACUGACUAUCACCGCUUCUUGUCCGAUGGAUUUGCAGUAUUUUCCUAUGGACCGUCAAUUAUGCAACAUUGAAAUCGAAAGCUUCGGCUACACCAUGCGGGACAUCCGAUACAAGUGGAACGAGGGGCCCAACUCUGUGGGCGUGUCGAGCGAAGUGUCUCUGCCGCAAUUCAAGGUGCUGGGCCACCGGCAGCGAGCCAUGGAGAUUUCUCUUACGACAGGAAACUACUCGCGAUUGGCAUGUGAAAUUCAAUUUGUGCGUUCGAUGGGAUACUAUUUAAUUCAGAUAUAUAUUCCAUCUGGUUUGAUUGUUAUCAUAUCAUGGGUAUCAUUUUGGUUGAACCGAAACGCAACACCUGCUAGGGUGUCACUUGGUGUCACCACUGUAUUGACGAUGACGACGCUUAUGUCCUCCACGAACGCCGCUCUGCCCAAGAUAUCAUACGUCAAGUCCAUUGACGUCUACCUGGGAACAUGCUUCGUGAUGGUCUUCGCCAGUCUUCUAGAAUAUGCGACUGUUGGCUAUAUGGCUAAAAGGAUACAGAUGAGGAAACAAAGAUUUACUGCGGUUCAGAAAAUGGCUGCUGAAAAGAAAAUGCAAAUAGAUGGUCCACCUGGAACAUCUGAACCAUUACCCCCACCGAGGACUAGCACUUUGACCAGGCCACCGCCACCAAGCCGAUCAUCGGAGGUUCGAUUCAAAGUUCACGACCCCAAAGCUUAUUCUAAGGGUGGUACCUUAGAGAACACUAUCAACGGUGCACGUGGCCCCGCCCCUGGACCUGCUCCGCCCGCUGAUGAGGAAGCUGGACCUCCACCACAUCUGAUUCAUGCUUCCAAGGGUAUCAACAAACUGCUCGGCACGACUCCUUCGGACAUCGACAAGUACUCGCGCAUCGUGUUCCCCGUCUGCUUCGUUUGCUUUAAUCUCAUGUACUGGAUCAUAUAUCUCCACGUAUCUGACGUCGUGGCUGACGAUCUGGUACUACUAGGCGAGGAAAACUAAGUUCUCUUCAGUAAAGUAAACCGGCACUUGUUCAAUCUUAGGGUGCUCAACGACUACCAUCCAUCAAGUUUCGGUAAAGUGCUUUUUAAUCCUAGAAACGCUCGGUUAUCUAUUAGCGUUCUAUAUUCUAAUUAAAAUAACAGUAACAAUCACUAUAAUUAUAAUAGAUAUGUGUCGUGUAUAUUGGCACUGGUAAUAUUGAAUUCUCUUAGAAAAUAGAGAUAAUAUAAAGUUCAAAUGUAAGUCAAUCUGUCUAAGAGACAAAAUGUUAUAUCUUCAAUAAUAUUUAUCAAUAUUCAUGUAGGUAGAUGUACAUCAAGACUCUACACAGUUGAUUAUAACACGAAGUUAUUUCCCUUUUUUGAACUCGACAAGUUUAUGCAAGUUUCUUUACAGAGCAAACGUUGCAGUAGAAGUUAUUAGCACUUUUUCUGCUAACUUCAAACGAUGGCUGUCUUUACUUCUGUAGUCGAUAAAAUAAAUAGCAAAUAUUCUAGAAUUUUAAUGAAUAACACCCGUUACACUGACAUAACAUUUAUUUAAUUCAAGAGGCAUGUAUUUGAAUACUGGCCAACUGUGCCCUUAGAACGAUUAGCUAUGUAAUAUUUACAGCCAAAAAUCAGUAACUAAUAGAUCGCAUAAUCAUAUUUCUAAUACUGGACUUCGUAGAAAAAAAAGGAUUAUUAAUAAAUUAAAUAACCAUUUUAGUGAAUUAUGAGACAAAACAUAUACCCCAUUAGCGAAUAAACAUAAAAAAAAUAUAAAUACAAAGGCAGAUCAAUAAGAAUAAAGUCUAGUAAGGUUCAUGAUCAUUCAUAAGAAUAGAUUAUUUAUUUAGAUGCAGAUAUUUUAGAAACAUAGUCCCCUAUACUGUAGUGCCUCUUCCUGCAGUGAUAUCCACUUAAUCACUUCUGACGAAUACCACUGGCUCCCUCUGACACAAUCCUUUCAAUUUUAUAACUUAAACUCUGAUCGAACGAUGGAAUUCUAAAAGGACUUGAAACAGUAACAAUCAUGGGUCUAAAUAAGGCAAAGAAAAGUAAUGUAAAUAAUUAUACAUAAUAAUAUUAUAUUUAUACAAUUAGGAUACACAUACACAAUUGCUCUAGUUUUUUAAAAAAAUGUUAUUUGGUUCAAUUUAACAUGUAUACACCGGUAAUACACUUCAAAUUAAAUCUAGUGCACGGAACACCUUUUCUACGUACGUAGUUAAAAAUUUACAAGUAUCAGUGAAUGUAAUGUAUGAGAUCUGUCCGAGUCGAAUAAGAUUGGUCCUUUGUAACUUGGGUUUUACUUCUUGGUCUGGAUGUACGCAUAGCAGCUUACAGAUAUGGAAAUCGAUCAGACUUACCUGUUAAUGCUAGUCAUUACAAUACGCGGGUGAAAGGUCAAUAAUACCGUUAACCUAAUGUACGUCUUAAAUUAUACUUAGUAUGUACAAUAAUCGAUAAGUGGAUGAAUGAUAUUAUGAUGAAAAGGCAAUGAAGAGAGUUCGUAGCGUGCCGUUACUAGAGCUGUGACUAUUCUAAGUUUUGAUCACACAAUUAAUUGAAUUAUACAUAAACUUAGGGAAACUUAACUUAAUAAUAUUAAAAGGGAAAUAUUUCUUCGCUGUUUUUGUAUUUAAAAAGCUUGUAGAAAUAUUGAUUGAUAUUGUUUACACGUUCCAGUUUGAUUGAGAACACCUAGUCGUGUUCCAAUAUACGAUACUUCCUUGUUGUGACUCCAUUUUUAGAUGUCUACUUAUAUCAUUUUGGAGUAUUUUAAGAUUUGUGCUACAAGCCAUUUCUUAUUAGAAAUAUCCCUAAUUAUUUAUUUCUGAAUUUGCUCAACGUUUUUCAAAGACACUAUUUAUAAAUAUUUAAGGGAGUGCAAAUAGUUGUUUUCUUUAGGAAUUGUAAUAAAUAGGUUAGGUUAAUUAUAUUUUGAAGUAAUUAUCAUUUGCCUCCUAUUUUUAUCUACAUCUCAGACUGUGCAUUAAGACUAGCGUUUAUAAAUUGUAUCGUUUGAAAAAGAUUGUUUUUGUUUAAAAUUAUAUUAAAAUCCAUUUAGUAAUACAAUUAAUCCUAACAAUUGUAUAAAGACUGAGUCAGUAUCCUUUCAGUUCCUUAAACUUACUGCUAUAAUGAAAACGACAGCCAUCUAUUAGUUCACUUGAUUGUAAAUGUCUUCAGUUUCCAGAUACCGUGUAUAAAAUGUGACGUAUGUAUCUUUUAUCAUAUAUUUAACCUUUGAAAGAUUUUGUUAUGAAACUAGCAUUUUUUUUUAAUAUAAAUUUAUUAUAUGUAAGUAUGUUACUUUAAAUUAGUAGUUACAAUCAGCCAAAAUUGAUAAGUGUAUCUUUAAUGAUUAACUAUUAGUCAAACUUCAAAAUGAAUUAUGGAUUAAAUGUACAUGAUUAAGAAAAAAAUAAAUAAUUAUAUAAGAUGUGAAAUUCGCAUUAUAUUGCACCUAGUUAGUAAGUAAGUAGCGUAGCUUAGCGAACGGGGGCGCGGGCGAGGCGCGCGCGGCGUUCCGGCUCGCGGCCCGCUACUGGACUUCGGCCUUAACUUAUUGCUAAGAUUCGUGUAAAGCGAUGCGCGCUGCACUCGAUUCACAACUGUUGACAUGAAUUCCACGAGAGCUCGGUACAAAGUUUGGGCUCAAAGCGCGCCUUGCCUGCAAACCUCAAUCGCGAAACCAAAUUCUAAAUCACAUUUAAAUAAAAUCUAGCAUAAUUAAACAAAUUAUA